GAGGCCAUGCAGAUGGUGCCCAGGUUCUGUUUCCCUUUUGACAUAGAAAGGGAGCCGCCCAGCCCUGCGGUCCAGCAUUUCACCUUCGCCCUCACUGACCUGGCCGGCAACCGUAGAUUCGGCUUCUGCCGCCUGCGGGCCGGCGCCUGGAGUUGCCUCUGCAUCCUCAGCCACCUUCCCUGGUUUGAAGUGUUCUACAAGAUCCUCAAUACUAUGGGGGACCUCCUAGCCCAGAACCAAGUCUCAGAGGCUGAAGAACUCCUCCAGAACUUGCAGCGACACCCUCUUCCUGAACCAGGGUUUUCAGGGGAACCAGAGACGGGCAGCAGCUCGACCAUCUGGAGCAAGUGUGGGAUCCUGCCGCCUACUCUGGGGAAUAGCAAAUUGCUUUCUUGUUUUGUGGCCCCGGAUUCUGCCGGCUUGCCCUCUAUUCCUGAGAACAGGAAUCUCACGGAGCUGGUGGUCGCCGUUACGGAUGAGAACAUCGUGGGGCUCUUCGCGGCGCUGCUGGCUGAGAGAAGGGUCUUGCUCACCGCCAGCAAGCUCAGCACUCUGACAGCCUGCGUUCAUGCAUCCUGCGCUUUGCUCUACCCCAUGCGCUGGGAGCACGUCUUGAUCCCCACGCUGCCCCCGCACCUGCUUGAUUACUGCUGUGCGCCCAUGCCCUACCUCAUCGGAGUCCACACCAGUCUCUCUGAGAGAGUUCGGGAGAAAGCACUGGAAGAUGUUGUGGUGUUGAACGCUGACUCUAACACGCUGGAGACACCGUUUGACGACAUGCAAGCACUGCCCCCAGAUGUCGUGUCCCUGCUGAGGCUUCGGCUAAGGAAGGUGGCUCUGAGUCCCGGGGAAGGGGUGUCCCGUCUCUUCCUCAAAGCCCAGGCUCUGCUCUUUGGAGGGUACCGCGACGCGCUUGUCUGCAUCCCGGGUCAGCCGGUGACCUUCAGUGAAGAAGCCUUCUUGGCUCAGAAGCCGGGGUCGCCGCUGCAAACCUUCCACAAGAGGGCAGUGCACCUGCAGCUGUUCAAGCAGUUCAUCGAAACCCGACUGGAGAAACUCAAUGCUGGGGAAGGCUUCUCAGACCAAUUCGAGCAAGAGAUCGUUGCCUGCUGUGGGGCUUCCUCAGGCGCCCUGCGCUCCUACCAGCUCUGGGUAGAGAGUCUUAAGAAAGGUGGCGAUGCCCUCCUGCAUUCAAUGAAGGCCAAAACCCGACCAGCUGUCAGGAACAUGUACAGAUCGGCGAAGAGUGGCCUGAAGGGUGUGCAGAACCUGCUAAUGAUUAAGGAUGGAGACUCUGGCCUUCAGAGGGGGGGCUCCCUGAGAACCCCGAGCCUCAUCAGCCGCUCAGAUCGCCUGCAACAGCGCCUGCCUAUCAGCCAGCACUUUGGGCAGAACAGACCCCUCCGCCCUAGCAGGAGAUUCAGGCGGGAAGGAGUACCUUCCCAACCCCUCGGAGAGAGGAGUCCUACCUUGAGCCCCAAGGACACCCAGAGUCCCUGGGCAGAGGAAACUCUAGAUGGCAGCUUCCUGGGGUCUGGAGAACUGGAUCUGUUGAGCGAGAUUUUAGACAGUCUGAGCGUGGAAACCAAGAGUGGUGGCCGGCUGAGGGCCAGCCAGAGCUUGGACUGCUGCCAGCAGGAGGCGUCGGAGAGCUGCUUCAGCCUGCCUGACAGCCCAGCGAGGUCACCAUGGCAACUAGAAGAUGAUGUGCAAUCCCUGGAAGCCCAGCCCUGGUCCUUGCCAGAGGACCUGCCAUCUCUGCAGGACACCCCAUCUUUAGAGGUGGCAAGCUAUUACGAGAACUGUUCUGAGCCGCCCUCAGACAUCUCUCCUCCGGCAUCUUCAGCCACUUCAGUAGACCCAAGCAGCCGAGAACCCGAGUGUCCUGCUCCCACCGAGCUGGACCCUAGAAUCCCACAAAGCCCUUGCUCCAGGCUCCUCAUAGUGCCCACUCAGUCCAGCCCUCCAGAGAGCCCCCAAGUUCUUGCCUCCACAGAGCACAACCCUGACACUGUUGGGACAUUACAACCCAUUCAGUCUCCCUCACACUCCAGUUCUCCAGAGAGCCCCAGAAACCAGCCUCUCCAGGUCCUGAGUGAUCAGACUCGAGCCCAAACCCUCAAGGAGCAUGGAGUUACCAACCGGCAGGGGCCCCCAGUCAGGCAGCCUCGCGUGGCUGAACUGAAAAAGUGUUUUGAAAAAUAAGAACAAGGGUGCAGAAGCACCCAGCUCCCAAUAAA